AUGCCGCUCUGUCGGAACUCGGCGCCGUCACCUCACGACGGGGAGCGGGCGGAGAGUCCGAGAGAUGACACACACGAAAUAACGCAUAGAUUUUCCCGGCUGCGGCUGCCCUCGUCACUGGCGAGCCACGAACGGACAGACGCAGUGCCGGCGAUGUUGCCGCCGAGCCCGCGAGACCUGAUUGUGGUGGAUCGACUGUCGCGGAAAGUGAAUGUGAGUAGUUUCGCCACAGUCAUGAAGGCGUACCUGAUUCUGAAGAAUCGCGUAGCUGCGCAGAGAGCGAACAAGGAAUUUCAGGAGGGGCAGAGGCGCGUACUUCCGCUCUGGGGCAGGAGAAGCAGUCGCGUGGCUCUGGAGAGCCCGUCGCAUAGCCGCGGCAAGCUCGGUAGUCUAAAGGGUUUGUCAGAGACGGCAACGCGCGGAAGGACAGACCGAGAAACGCAGCGCGGGUCCCGUCUUGGCCCACGCGAGUACGCUGAGAGCUUGCCCCGGGAUCCGGCUUCCCCAAAACCGCCGCAGCGCCCGUUGAGUGAUGGCGAGUCGUUUGACGCCUGGACUCCCGACGCUCCUGACGGUGUCAGAGCUGUCGGGGCUGUCGGGAGAAUGAAGGCAUGCCAGUCGCUGCUUGAACAGCGCCUAGGGUUUUUGGGAUUCAAGAGCGUGCACAUUGCGGGCGACGGGAACUGCCAGUUCCGGUCCUGCUCCUGGAACAUGUUUGGAUCCGAGGAACACCACAGAGUUGUGCGCGCGCGGGCUGUGCAGCACAUGCGCGAACACAGAGAGGAGUACGGCGUCUUCUUCGAGGCUGACGACUUUGAAAAGUACCUGAAGAACAUGUCGCGAUCCGGGACCUGGGGAGACGAACUGUCUGUUCGUGCCAUAGCCGACAGUUUCCAGUGUACCAUCCACAUCAUCACCUCCACAGAUACGAACUGGUAUCUGCGAUACGACCCCCAGGGUGCUGCGGGAAAAAAUGUGGAAGCCGUCAGGCACAUCUUCCUCACGUACAUCUCACCCAUACACUACAACGCCUUCACCAUCGACGACCUUUCGGCCUCCGACUCGGAAACGACGGGCGCACAACGAGGGUGAAGCGAGUUUGUGCAUGCCUGUGACGUACCGCGACUCGACUGACGCCUGGAUGCCAUUCUCAUUUCCAUCGCGUCUCGUGACUCUCUCCGUGACAACGGAUUUGCAACGCGUUUUUCGUGCACUGGAAGGUGACAGCGGUCAAAAUGAGGAAAGUGGGGUUUUGGGGUUUCCCAGUAGUGAUGCAGUGCUCGUCCCGCCCUUGCGUCAUUUGCUUCUUCGUAUUUGUCUGUGAGACCGACGGAAAUCUUAUUUUCAAGUGAGUGGGUGAGACUUCAUUCGGACAUUUCUAUGUUAGCGCAUCAACCCCAGCAGUUGAUGUGAUUAACAGUGAAGUUUUUCACGUGUUCG